AUGACUGAUCGUUAUUUUCAAAAUAAUUACACUGAUUAUAAUAGCGAAACUUAUCUUACUUCACAUAAUCAAUUAAUUCCAGAAAUAAAUUCAAAUAUAACUCAUUGGAUUAAACAUAAAACACAUAAACUUGAACGACAUAUUAGUCGUACUGAUUUAUCUGAUACAACAGUAUAUACUGGUAGUGCUGGUAUCGCAUUACUUUUUUUACGUCUUGCAAUACUCUUUCCAUCUGAAAAGGAUAAUUAUAAAUCUAAAGCAAAGACAUUAAUUGAUUCAUCUUUAGAAUACCUUAAAGGUAAACGAGUUUCAUUUUUGAAUGGUGAUCCUGGACCAUUGGCGAUUGCAGCAGUAAUUUAUAAUGAUUUAAAUGAUCAAAAAUUAGUGAAUAAAUAUAUCGACAAAAUUAUAUCGAUGAAAAAUGAUGCAUUAAGUGAUUCAACACCAGAUGAAUAUCUUUAUGGACGUGCUGGUUAUCUUUAUGCAUUAAUGUAUCUUCGAAGAGAAAUUCGAAAUGAUAUUAUUGAUAAUCAACUUGUUACUGAAGUAUUCGAAGCAAUUAUUAAAUCCGGUGAAAAAUAUGCCAAGAAAUCAUGUUCAAGAUCUCCAUUAAUGUAUCAAUGGCAUGAUAGUGAAUAUUUGGGAGCAGCACAUGGUGUUUCAGGAAUCAUUUAUCUAUUACUUAAGGUAGCAUGCGAUGAUUCAUUUUCGAAUCUUCAAUCUUAUGUUCAAUCACAUUUAAUACCCACUGUUGAAUUUCUUACGUCAAAACGAUUACCAAGUGGAAAUUAUUUAUCAUCAAGUAAUAGUACAUCUGAUAGACUUGUUCAAUGGUGUCAUGGAGCACCUGGUUUUGUUUAUUUAUUUGUUCGAGCAUAUGAAACGACAGAUAAUAAACAGUAUUUGGAUCUUGCUGUAGAUGCUGGUGAUGUUGUUUGGGAACGAGGACUUUUAAAAAAAGGUUAUGGACUUUGCCAUGGUGCAGCUGGUAAUGGUUAUGUUUUUCUUGAUCUAUAUCGUGUAACAAAUAAUAUGAAAUGGCUUCAUCGAGCUAUUAAAUUUGCUGAACAUUGUUUGGAUUAUGGAAAACAUGAUUUAUCGAGAACACCUGAUCAUCCAGAUUCAUUAUUUGAAGGUCUUGCCGGUACAAUUUAUUUCAUGGCUGAUAUUCUUAAUCCAACAAAUGCACGAUUUCCAGCAUUUAAAUAA